UCCCGGUCCUCGGGUAGAGCAUGGCUCUGAGGGCAGGGACUUGCCCUGGUCCUGAGCCUGCUGCACGGGCGAGGUCUCCGACUGUGGCCUGGGCGGGGCGGGGCGGGGCGGGCUCGGGAGGUAGCCUACACCAGGUGGGUCAGUCCACCAUGACCCCCAAACCUGACGUGUUGAGUCAAGAUGAAUUGCGGAAAAAACUGUACCAGACGUUUAAGGAUCGGGGUAUAUUGGACACACUCAAGACCCAACUCCGAAAGCAGCUGAUUCACGAACUGAUGCAUCCUGUGCUGUCUGGGGACCUGCAGCCCCCGUCCAUUUCAGUGGAAGGGAGCGCCCUCUUGGUCGGCGCUUCCAACUCGCUCGUGGCAGAUCACUUACGAAGAUGUGGCUAUGAGUAUUCACUUUCUGUUUUCUUUCCAGAAAGUGGUUUGGCGAAAGAAAAGGUAUUUACUAUGCAGGAUCUGUUACAGCUCAUUAAAAUCAACCCUGAAUCCAGUCUCUACAAAUCACUGAUUUCAGGAUUUGAUAAAGAAGACCAAAAAGGUUUUCUCAUGCAGUUUCUGAAAGAAUUGGCAGACUAUCAUCAGCCUAAAGAGAGCUGCAAUAUGGAAACUCAGACAAGCUCAGCGUUUCCCAUCAAAGACUCUCUCGCGGAGAAGCUUCAGCUGAUCGAUGAUCAGUUUGCAGGUGCUCACCCUCAGCAUCCAAAGUUAGAAUCUUUAGAAAUCAGGUUAAACGAAUAUAAGAGAGCAAUAGAGCAGCAGCUGCGGGCAGACAUGUGUCAAAAGUGGAAGCACUUUAAAGAUACUGAAAUAGCAGAAAUUAAAAUGGAAGAGAAAAGAAGGUGUGAGAAGGAAUUAGCUGAGGUCCGGAACGAAUUCGAGAGAGCUUGUCAAGCAAAGUCUGAAGCCCUCAUUUCUCGGGAAAAGAUGACCCUUGAGAGAAUUCAAAAGCACCAGGAGAAUGAAGCCAAACAAAUUUAUGCUCAAAGGCAGCUUCUACUAAAAGAUAUAGAUUUGCUCAGAGACAGAGAAGCAGAGCUGAAGCAGAGGGUCGAAGCUUUUGAAUUGGCCCAGAGGCUACAAGAGGAAAAAAAUAAAAGCAUGGCUGAUGGGCUUAGGCGGCGGGAGCUGAGUAUAAAGAGUAUUGAGGAGACCUAUGACCAAAAGCUGAAGAACGAACUUCUCAAGUAUCAACUGGAACUGAAGGAGGACUACAUCUCCAGAACUAAUAGACUGAUUGAAGAGGAAAGGCAGAAUAAAGAAAAAGCUAUACACCUGCAAGAGGAGCUUGCAGUGCUCAGUUUUAAAAAGGAAGAGCUCGAUCGUUCUGUGAAGCGUGUGAAAGAACUUGAGCUCGAGUUAGAGUCUGUCAGAGCCCAGUGUGCAGCCUUAACAAAGCAAAACCACGAGCUGACCGAGAAGGUUCAAGAGAUGAGCGAUUAUCCGCUCCUAAAAGAAGGGAAACUGGAGCUUCAGGCCCAAAAUAAAUUACUCAAAAAGCAACUGGAGGAGAUUAAAAAUGAAAACUUGCGCCUCCUAAACCGCAUAGCUCAGCCAGCUCCCGAGCUGGUGGUUUUUCAGAAAGAAUUAAAGAAAGCAGAAAAUGCUCUUGCGCUUGAGCACAAGGAGUUCGAAACCCACAAGCAAGCGCUGCAGAAACAGCUGCAAAGCGAAGUGAGUAUCACUCCUCGUGUGUCGGGGGGUCGAGUCCUAUAUUUCAGUUUGGGUGUCGCCUUUUCCCUCACGUCUCCUGUUACCUGUUUGUACCCCGCAGCCCUGGAGAACGAAGUGUACCGCAACCCGAAGCCGGCUGUGCUCAGUCGCUCCAUCAGCGGAUCACUGGGCGGCAGGACGGUGCCCCAUGGUGCUGACAUCGGCGAGGAGUUCUUAAAAAAUCCUCUCAGACAGGAGGAGCUGAUGGCAGGCUCCGGUAGCCCAAGGAUCCCAAGUUACCGGAACGCCAGCACAGAGGGCAGUUCCCCCGAUUCUGACCUUGAGUUUGUAGCCAAUACCAAGGCCAUGGUGAGACAGCUGGAGCAAGAGGCCGAGCGCUUGGAAAAAGCUUUCCAGAGUUACCAUCGGAGAAUCAGGCAGUACCCCACCAAGAGCCUGGCAGCAGACAGGAGCCCGCCCGCCCUGUGCUCACUGGAAAGCCUCAAGGGCGUCACUUCGGGGGCCCCUGAGAGGGGUGUGUUUGCAGAGGACAGAGUUGCCCCCCAGCAGCCUCUGGUGAAUGCCCGGAGAGAAGAGGAGAGCGAGGCCUCCGAGGUGGCCGGCAGCAUGGCCUCACGGCCCCACCAGGGCAUGGCCUCCAGACGCGUCUCCUCCACCCCACUCCCAAAAGCAAGGAGAAGCCUUGAUGGUGAAAUGUACCUGGAAGGUCUGAGCCGGUCCCAUGCUGCUGUCCCUGGUCCUGACCGGACACUGCAGCCUUCACCUGCCCUGUCUCAGCACAGCCUUUCCAGACACUCGCUCUCCAGCCCCCCAGAGCAGAAGGCCAGUCUUUUUGAAAACCAAGUGGAACUUAAAGACAAAAGCGAAUUUUCCAAUCUGGACAAGCUAGCUUUUAAGGAUAAUGAAGAAUUUGAGUCAUCUUUUGAAUAUGCAGGGAACGUGCCCAGGCAGUUUGAGAUGGACGGCCUCCACCCUGAGGGCGACGUGCCUCACAUGGACGGGGCCACAGUCUCUGUGCCCUCCAGGCCUGUCUCCUGUCACUAUCCAAGGGUAGAUCAGAAACAAAUUGGAGAACUGAAGGAAGGAGAAGAACUUUGGGAACAGCAAGAGAAAGAACGAAGGCAGGAAGAAGAGAGGACGCAGAGCGAGCGACCGGAGACUUUGGAAAGGGAGCGGCGGGAGCUGGAGAGACUGGAUCAGGAAAGGAGGAUAAUUGAAGAAUCAUUGAAGAUGGAAAUGGAAAAAGAAAUCGAAAUGAGUAUUCAAGAAAUGAAAGAGAAAUCUAAGUCUGGUGGUGGUGGAAGUCCUUUAGAGAAGUACAUGAAAAUCCUCCAGCAGGAUCAAGGCCAGGACACGGCAGAUAAGAGUUCAAAAAAGCUGGUCAGAGAGGACUCCCAAGUGGACACGCUGCCACCUAGUGACAAAGAUGAAAGUUUCACAGGUUUUUCUCAGGAGGAACCAGAUGACUUCUGGUAACCAUGUUUGCUACCCAGCUUCGUACACAGAUAAAGUAACUAAAGGCCUGUGAGUUCUCUGUAAUAAGACAAAAUUCUCAAUAAAAAUUCACUUGCAAUCCA